AUGUCCCUCAACACUUCCUCCUCUGCUAUCCACCUCUCCCUCCCCCCUACCUCUUCCACCCGCCCUCCUUCUCAAAUCACCGUCCACCCCUCCGUCGUCGCCUCCAUCCUCACCCACCACUCCCGCCGCCCCACCGACUCCGAGUCUACGAGAGUGAUUGGUGCCCUCAUGGGCACCCGCUCCGACAACGGCCAGGAAGUAGACAUCCGCUCAUGCUUUGCCGUCCCUCACACCGAGCAGGGCCAGCAAAUCUCCGUCGACCAACCGUUCCAACAAGAAAUGCUCCAGUUUCUCUCCAAAAAUGGCACCAAAGAGGUCCUCGUCGGGUGGUACGCUUCCUCCAAGCACAUCGACUCAAACUCUGCCAUCAUCCAAGAAUACUUUACCUCCCAAACCAACAAUCAGCCCGCUGUGCACCUCACCGUGGACACUGAUCUCCAAAAGAAUGGACAGGGUCUGGAAGUGAAGGGAUGGGUUUCGGCGCUUUUGGGUUUGUCUGCCAAGUCGGAGAGUGCGGUAUUCGUGCCCGUGCCCGUUUCUGUCAAGUAUGCCGAUUCCGAGCGUCCUGCUUUGGAUCUCCUUACCUCCAACCCUACCCCUUCCCCCUCUCUCCCCCCUCUCCCCACCCUCUCCUCCUCCCUCGCCCAGCUCUCCUCCCUCAUCGACCAAUGUCUCGCCUACGUCCAAGGCGUCAACGCCGGCACCACCCCCGCCGACGUUCAAGUUGGCAAGUACCUCCUCGAAGGUCUCGGCCGAUGGGCCGCCAACGGCGAGAAGGAAGAUGAGGGCGGUGUCAAGGCUGGUUUGCAGGACACUUUGACUGUGGAGUACUUGUCGAGCUUGGUGAGAAGUCAGGUCGAGUUGGCUGGAAGGUUGUCGCUUUUGCAGCAGCAGCCUUCGCAGUAA